AUGCCUUACUAUAAUCCUUUCUCCCGCCGGGAGACUCACAACGCCAACGCUCUGAAUACCUACCGGGUGCUCGUGCCUCUGACUUGGGCUCUGGUCGUCAUCGUCGGCAUUUAUUACUCACUGCACUCGCCGGACGAUGUGAAGAAGAGCAAGAAGAUUUGGAAGAAUGCCAAGAAGCACCCCACUCCCUUCACCCAAGACAACACGAUCACCGGCGUCUACUGGAUUCUUCUGUUACUCUCUCAGAUCAGCUAUGUUUGGCACCUCUUCCACAAGGACACCGUCUUGGUGUCAUCAGCUGCCAAUGUCGCCGGCCACUUCAUCUUGCACAACCUGUUCACCUUUGCGUGGGUGAUGCUGUGGACCCGCAACUAUUUCUGGUGGGCAGAGAUCAUCUUGAUCGCCCACUUCAUCAACCAGACCAUUGCGUACUGGCGCCACAGCCGUCUCCCCGCAUUCGUACACUUUCCCGCUGUCGCGGGCCCCUACGCCUGGACCUUGACCGCGCUGUUCUGGAACGGUGCCGUCGCAGUGGGGAGCCAUAAGCUGCCUGGCCGCAUCCUGGCCAAUAUCUUCAUCUGGGUCAUCCUAUUCGUCGGCUUGACCAAGAUCUUUGCCCGAAAUGACUAUAUCCUCGGUUACAGCUUGAGCUUCCUCACACUGUCUCUCGCCGUCAAGCAAUUCGCUAUCAAGAUCAUUGGUCUGCAGUGGAUCUUUGCUUUCGUCAUCUUUGCGAUAUUCCUGCUGUCCUCCUUCUGGAUCUCGACUACCACAUAUACUGGCCGCGAUAGUCUAUUCCGUCGCAUUGCGCAUCCUGAAUCUAGCGAUCGCGAGCGUGAGCCUCUGCUCCGCGAUGGGGCUUAA